UCAUUCAAGUUUUGUACCUCACCAACCCCGAAGGCCGGAGCCACCAUUUUGAGCUCCGGCAAUGCGGUUUCCGGUGGCAAUAGUCCUCUGAACCCAACACUUCUCAGUGAUGGGUAUACCAUGGGACGACGUCGUUGUGAUCCAACAGGGGAAGGACCCCAAGGAGUCCUCCAUCGUCACCGUCAAUUGCCCCGACAAGGCUGGUCUUGGCUGUGAUCUUUGCAGAAUCAUCCUCGAAUUCGGUCUCCGCAUUACCAGAGCUGAUAUUUCAACGGAUGGAAGAUGGUGCUACAUCGUGUAUUGGGUUGUUCCACAUCCUGCAUCGCUCAAAGUUGAUUGGGAAAGCUUGAAGACUCGGCUACUUUCAGCUUGUCCUUCAUGUUUAUUUUCCUAUCACUUCAAUAAACAGUCUACAAGUCCUUCACUGCCUCCGAUUUAUCUGUUGAAGGUUUGGUGUGUUGAUCAAAAAGGGUUGCUACAUGAUAUUAAUGAAAUCCUAUGUAACCUUCAACUUACUAUUCAGAGAGUGAAAGCGAUGCCAACCCCAGAUGGCAGGGUAUUAGACAUGUUCUUUAUCACCGAUGGCGUGGAAUUGCUCCACACAAAAAAGAGGCAAGAUUAUGUAUGUAAUUAUGUGAUGGAUGCUUUAGGAGAGAGGUGUAUCUCCAGUGAACUUCAGUUGGCUGGGCCUGAAUACAGACAGUUGCAGGGGUUUUCUUCUCUUCCACCAGCUUUUGCUGAAGAAUUAUUUAGUGCUGAACUGUUAGACAAAGUUUCUUUGCAUCCUCUCAGCCAAGAUAUGACAACACUGAAGACACCUACCGUUAUGGUGGAUAACUCAUUGAGCCCGGCUCAUACCCUGCUUCAGAUACAGUGUGUUGACCAGAAAGGCUUGUGUUACGACAUUAUGAGGAUUUCUAAGGACUCUGAUAUUAAGGUUGCUUUUGGUCGAUUCUCUUCUGGUGUGAAAGGCUUUCAAAACAUAGACUUAUUUAUCCAGCAAAAAGAUGGGAAAAAGAUCAUAGAUCCUGAAAGUCAGAAAACUUUGUGUUCUUGCUUAAAAGAAGAGAUGCUUCAUCCAUUGCGGGUGAUUAUAGUGAACCGCGGUCCAGAUACUGAACUUUUAGUAGCCAAUCCUGUAGAGCUGAGUGGAAAGGGAAGGCCCCGUGUAUUCUAUGAUGUUACAUUGGCUUUAAAAGCAUUGGGAGUGUUCAUUUUCUCAGCUGAAGUUGUUAGACAUUCAACACAAGAACGCCAAUGGGAAGUGUAUAGAUUUUUGUUGGAUGAAAGCCGUGAAUUUCCAUUGAACAGAAGCCAAGCAAGAAGUAAGAUUGUGGACAAAGUUAGAAGAACUUUGAUGGGGUGGUAAUGUAUCAGAUGAGAAGCAGUGAAGUACUAUUAGUGCAGUUUGCCUUUUAAUGCCUUCCCUUUAUGUUUAAUCUCAACUUGGUUUAGUGUUUAAAUAUGGCCUAGUUAUCAGGGGUAUCUAGUUAACGACAAUCAUGUAAUAUUUGCAUUUUGUAAAUUAUCUUAUGUUCUUUUUAUUUGGUUUUAGU